UGCGGCGGAUAAAAGUCCGCGAGAGGCGGACGGCAGCGUGACUGGUUGGCCACGUGACUGACUCACAAGCUCUCUUGUUCUCUCUGCGCUUUAUCAAAAGCAACUCGUCUUCAUCGAUUCUUCUCACGUAAAAGACUAUAUCCGCGGCGGAGAAAAGCGAGAAAACUUGACCAAGUGUGAAACGAGUGUGUAGGUUGCACAAACAUGUACCCGGUGUAGUCGUGCUGUGCUGCUGAGAAAGGGACGCGCCAACGAGACCUCAGGGACUUGCACGCGAGAACUCGACCAACGGAGAAUCAGAGCGCGUCAACGUGACUGGGCCAAGCAGAGUCGAUCCUCGUGGCGCCGCAACUCCGGCGAGGAGUGAAGCCCGAGGUACAUGAAAGGUCAUGAACUACUCUCAAGGGAAGGGACGCCUUUACCCGGCCUACAGCCUGAGCGGUAGCGAGGGCGAGGAGGCGAGCGGCAACCACGGUGCACCACCACCGAGUCAUCGCUCGGCACCAGGCCGCGGCUACUCCGGGCAUCCUUACGGCUCGGGCACCCACAAGCAACGUUCGCACGGCUCGCAGCAGCAACAGCAUCCGCUCUAUCAUGUGGCCGGCAGUGGCGCGGGACUCAGCGAUACGCCCACCUCCGGCAACGCCAGCGACGAGACCCUCACCGACAGCGAACUGACCAACCUAGCCAGGGACUCCACUCUUCUCGUUCAUAACGGGUGUCUGUUGGACAGCGGCGUGGCGGGCGCGCCGCGGGGACCGCCCGAUGUGCCGCCGCGCAACCCGACAAUGAGCCGGCUGAACGGCAGGCUGCCCGGCUCCCAGCAGCAGUCCCAGCAGCAGCAGCAGCAGCAGCAGCAGCAGUCCCAACAGCAGUCGCAGCAGCAGCAACAGCAGCAGCAGCACCAGGUCCUCGGCGACCACGAGCGCGACCCCGAGCUCGAGCCCUCCUGCCUGGUGCGCACGCCGUCCGGCAACUUCUACAACAUAUCCAAGAAACCGAAGAAUGAUUACAACAAUAAAAAUCAAUCGACGGGAAACAGUCCAAUAAAAGUCGAAUUACAAAACAACAUGGACAGGGUGCCGCUGCCGUACGGCCACGGCUCGUCGAUGAUCCCGAUGAGGAGGCAGAGCAUCCGCUGCCACUUCCGCAAGGGCGUAGACUGGUGCAGCUGGAAGCUCAUCGCGAUCGUCGUUAUCAUGAUAUCGCUGUGCCUACUGGCUGCCCUCACUUACAUCGCAGUAUCCAACAUGGUCAACUGGUAUCAAGGCACGAAGGCGUGUACGGUGCUGGUGGACGGCGCGGACGGCAAAACGGCGGACGCCUCCAAGGCGAACGCAACCGCAUCGUCGACGACGUCCUCAUCGAGUGGCGGCAGUGGCGGCUCCAAGCGCCCGCAGUCGGGGGGCUCCGGAGGCGGCAGGACGUUCCCGGCGCGCUCGUUCCCGCCCGACGGCACGACGUUCGCGCAGGUUGCGCUGGGUCAGCGGCUCAACAAGGAGAUACCCGCCUACAGCUACUGGAACAUGCAGUUCUACCAGUCGGAGCCGGCCUACGUGCGGUUCGACUACAACAUACCGCGCGGCGCGAGCAUCGGCGUCUACGCCCGGAGAAACGCUCUGCCCACGCACACGCAGUACGACCUGCUGGAGGUGCUCAGUGGAUUCAAGGCCAGGAACACGAGGGCCUCGCACCAGCCGUCGAUCAAGAAGGAGGUGACGCACUACAUGGAGCCCGGCCACUGGUUCCUCUCGCUCUACAACGACGACGGCGACCCGCAAGAGGUCAGCUUCAUCGCGGUCAUCGCCGAGGACAUGACGCACAACUGUCCGAACGGCUGCAGCGGCAAGGGCGAGUGCCUGCUCGGCCACUGCCAGUGCAUCCCCGGCUUCGGCGGCGAGGACUGCAGCAAGAGCGUGUGCCCCGUGCUGUGCAGCGAGCACGGCGAGUACAUCAACGGCGAGUGCCAGUGCAAUCCCGGCUGGAAGGGCAAGGAGUGCUCGCUGCGCCACGACGAGUGCGAGGUGCCCGACUGCAACGGGCACGGGCACUGCACCAACGGCAAGUGCGCCUGCGUGCGCGGCUACAAGGGCAAGUUCUGCGAGGAGGUCGACUGUCCGCACCCCAGCUGCUCGGGCCACGGCUUCUGCGCCGAGGGCACCUGCAUCUGCAAGAAGGGCUGGAAGGGCGCCGACUGCAGUCAAACCGACAAGGAGGCCCUGCAGUGCUUGCCCGGGUGCAGCGGCCACGGCACCUUCGACCUCGAGACGCAGACCUGCAUGUGCGAGCCCAUGUGGUCCGGCGACGACUGCUCCAAAGAGCUGUGCGACCUCGACUGUGGUCCGCACGGCCACUGCGUGGACAACGCGUGCGACUGCAUGCCCGGCUGGUCCGGCGAGCUGUGCAACCUCAAGCAGUGCGACCCGCGCUGCAACGAGCACGGACAGUGCAAGAACGGCACCUGCCUCUGCGUCACCGGCUGGAACGGCCGCCACUGUACCAUGGAGGGCUGUCCUAACUCCUGCUCCAAUCACGGUCAGUGCAAGGUCAACCAGGACGCCCAGUGGGAAUGCAAGUGCUACGACGGAUGGAACGGCAAGGACUGCAGCGUCCAUCUCGAGCAGGACUGCAGCGACGGCAGGGACAACGACAAAGACGGCUUGGUCGAUUGUGCCGACCCCGAGUGCUGCUUGAACCCGACAUGUCGCAGCAGUCAGUUGUGCGUGUCGGCGCCCAAGCCCAUCGACAUUUUACUACGGAAGCAGCCUCCGGCGAUCACUGCUUCGUUCUUCGAGAGGAUGAAAUUUUUGAUUGACGACGGUAGUCUGCAGAACUACGCUCGUCAGGAGACUUUUAACGAGAGUGUGUUCUGGAAUCACUUCAACACGAGUCGAUCGGCGGUAGUUCGUGGACGUGUGGUCACUUCAUUGGGCAUGGGCCUGAUGGGUGUGCGCGUAAGUACGAGUACACUGCAAGAGGGAUUCACUCUGACUCGCGACGACGGCUGGUUCGAUUUGCUGGUGAAUGGCGGCGGCGCCGUCACCCUUCAGUUUGGCAGGUCGCCAUUCAAACCCCAGAGUCACAUUGUUUUCGUGCCCUGGAACGAGGUUGUGAUAAUAAACAAAAUUGUGAUGAGUACGGCCGACGAAAAGCCACCAGCGCACGUAAUUCACGCUUGUGGCGCUCACGACUAUGACUUGAUGAAGCCCGUAGUGUUGGCUACUUGGAAACACGGAUUCCAAGGUGCUUGUCCCGACAAGAGCGCCAUCCUAGCCGAGUCGCAGGUUGUUCAAGAGAGCCUCCAGAUCCCUGGCACUGGUUUGAACCUCGUGUAUCACAGUUCUCGAGCAGCUGGCUACUUGUCGACUAUCCAGCUUCAACUCACACCCGAGAAUAUUCCCUCAACGCUACAACUCAUUCAUCUGAGGAUCACCAUCGAGGGCAUACUCUUCGAAAAGACCUUCGAAGCUGACCCAAUCAUCAAGUUCACCUACGCCUGGAACCGACUCAACGUAUACAGGCAACGCGUGUACGGAGUGACUACGGCAAUGGUGAAAGUCGGCUACGAGUAUAGCGACUGCAAAGACAUCAUUUGGGACGUACAGACCACGAAGCUCAGUGGCCAUGAUAUGUCCAUCUCCGAAGUAGGCGGGUGGAAUCUGGACAUCCACCAUCGCUACAAUUUCCACGAAGGCAUUUUGCAAAAGGGUGACGGCUCUAACAUUUAUCUCAAGCACAAGCCUCGCGUCAUCCUCACUACUAUGGGCGAUGGGCAUCAGAGACCACUCGACUGCUUCGACUGCGAUGGCCAGGCAUCGAAGCAAAGGCUGCUCGCUCCUGUCGCUCUAGCUACUGCACCCGACGGCUCGAUCUUCGUUGGCGACUUCAAUCUUGUCAGGAAGAUUCUGGUAGACGGUACCGUCAGAACUAUCGUGCGACUAAAUGCCACUCGAGUCUCCUACCGAUACCACAUAGCUCUGAGCCCUCUGGAUGGCUCGCUCUACAUUAGCGACCCCGAGUCUCACCAGAUCAUCCGUGUGCGCAACACUACUGACUACUCGGAUCCCGAACACAAUUGGGAAACGGUAGUUGGUUCUGGUGAGCGUUGCUUGCCUGGUGAUGAAGCUCAUUGUGGCGAUGGUGCUCUUGCUCGUGAUGCCAAACUCGCAUAUCCCAAGGGUGUUGCGAUCUCGGCCGAUAACGUACUGUAUUUUGCCGACGGAACUAACAUCCGCAUGGUGGACAGGGAUGGUAUCAUUACGACCAUCAUUGGCAAUCAUAUGCACAAGAGCCACUGGAAACCAAUCCCGUGCGAGGGUACCCUGAACGUCGAGGAAGUGCAUCUGCGUUGGCCAACUGAAUUGGCCAUCAAUCCACUGGACAACUCUCUGCACAUAAUCGACGAUCACAUGGUGCUGCAACUGGCUCCCGACGGUAGAGUGAAAGUAAUCGCUGGUCGUCCGCUGCACUGUGCUUCACCCUCGACCACCUUCGAUACAGAGCUUGCCACGCACGCGACUCUCGUCAUGCCACAAAGUAUUGCUUUUGGACCGUCGGGUGAUCUCUACAUCGCUGAGAGCGACUCUCAGAGGAUUAACCGCGUGCGCGUCAUCGGCACCGAUGGCAAGAUCUCCGCAUACGCUGGCGCUGAAUCCAAGUGCAACUGCCUCGAGAGGGGCUGCGACUGUUUCGAAGCCGAUCACUAUCUUGCCUCAACGUCCAAAUUCAACACUAUUUCGGCAGUGGCUGUUAGUCCCGACAGUAUCGUGCACAUUGGUGACCAGGCCAACUACAGGAUUCGGUCGGUGAUGGCUAGCAUCCCCGACGCCAGCGGAACUCGCGAGUACGAAAUCUAUUCACCCGAUACUCAAGAGAUCUACGUGUUCAACCGGUUCGGUCAGCACGUCGCCACAAAGAACAUCCUUACUGGCGAGACUAUCUACUCGUUCACCUACAACGUCAACACCAGUAACGGCAAAUUGAGCACUGUCACCGAUGCCGCGGGCAACAAGGUAUUCUUGUUGAGAGACUACAGCGCGCAAGUGAACUCAAUUGAGAAUACCAAAGGCCAGAAAUGCAGGCUUCGCAUGUCGCGUAUGAAGCUGCUCCACGAGCUCAGCACGCCUGACAAUUACAACGUCACCUUCGAGUAUCACGAGCCAACUGGUCUGCUCAAGACCAAGCUCGACUCUACAGGCAGAAGUUUCGUUUACAACUACGACGAGUUCGGCAGACUUACCAGCGCUGUUACUCCUACUGGUAAGGUCAUUAGCCUCACCUUUGACCUCAGCUUGAAGGGAGCAACCGUGAAAGUUGGCCAGAAUAGCAGGAAGCCCGUAUCGAUGCUCAUCAAGGGAUCGUCAGUUACCACGGAGGUUGGAGAGGCUGAAUCGAGAACUACCGUUCUGCCCGAUGGCAGUGUAGGAAGGCAAACUCCUUGGUCGCACACCGUUAGCACAGACACGAUGCCUUACUCCAUCUUGGCUGAAAUCGAACCUCUUCUUGGCGAAAGCUACCCAGUUCCAGCCAAGCAACGCACCGAGAUCGCUGGUGACCUGGCUAACCGCUUCGAGUGGCGCUACUUUUUGAAAAAGGUGCAAACUAACAAGAACAGAGGUGCCGCAGCCACGAAAGCUAUUGCUCAAGUCGGCAGGAAGCUUCGAGUCAAUGGCAACGUGCUGCUCUCGCUCGAAUACGACCACGAAUCCAACACUGUGGCUGUAUUCAAGGACGAUCACGUCGAACUACUGAACGUGACCUACGACAAGACCGCCAGACCCAUCAAGUGGGGACCUCGCGAUGGUAUCUUCGUUGGUGUGGAUCUUGAAUACGACAGGUUUAGCAGAUUGGUCAGCUGGACGUGGGGUGAUAUCAGCGAGACCUACAAUUUCGAUCAAGCUGGUCGCCUUUACGAGAUCAAAUACAGCGAUGGCACCUCAAUGGUCUACGCCUUUAAAGACAUGUUUAGCAGCUUGCCUCUAAAGGUCACGACUCCUCGUGGUAGUGACUAUCUGCUGCAGUACGACGAGGCUGGUGCAUUGCAGUCUUUGACUACACCUAGAGGUCACAUUCACGCGUUCUCUUUGCAAACUUCGCUUGGUUUCUAUAAGUACCAGUACUACUCUCCGAUGAACCGUCACCCAUACGAGAUCCUCUAUAACGACGACGGUCAAAUUCUGGCUAAGGUCUAUCCUCACCAGAGUGGCAAGGUUGCCUACGUUUACGAUCACACAGGCAAGUUGGAGACUGUACUCGCUGGUCAAUUAUGGACGCAUUACACUUACCAGGAGACGACGUCCCUCGUACGCAGCAUUGACAUCAACGAGCCCAACUUUGAAAUGCGUGUCGAGUAUAAGUAUCACGCAGGUAUCGUCAAGGAUGAAAAGAUUAAAUACGGCAGCAAGCAAGGACUGGAUGACGCUCAUUUCCGCUACCAGUACGAUGGCAAUGCGCGCAUUUCCGGCAUUGACUCUGACAUCAAUAGCAAACAACUACAACCACUCCGCCUUAAAUAUGAUCAGAAUCUUGGAGUUCUAGAGGCUGUCAACGAUUUGAGGAUCUACAGAAAUUUGUUCAAUCGGUCUGUUAUGCAAGACUCCAGCAAGCAAUACUUCACUGUUACCGAUUACGAUGAGCACGGCAGAGUCAAGACUAUCGUUAUGAAUAUCAGGUCACUCGAUGUCUUCAGAAUGGAGUUGGAAUAUGAUAACAGAAAUAGAAUUAAGAUGCGCAAGCUCAUGAUUGGCAAAGAUUCAAUUGAAAAGAAAGAUUGGACACGUAUGGACAAAAUCACGUACAACGCCGACGGCCAUGUGCUCGAGGUAGCCGACACUGACAUCUCUUGGCAGUACGCUUACGAUGAGAACGGAAACGUUAUUGGUGUAACCGAACGCAGCGAAAAAAUUAGUCUGGGCUAUGAUAGUGGUGACAGAGUGGUGCAGUACGGUGACGUUGAAUUCAACUCGUACGACCAACGUGGUUUUGUUGUUAUCCGAGGCGAGCACAAGUACCGUUACAACUCUCGCGGUCAACUCAUCCACGCCGCUGAGCACAAACAAUUCCAGAUCUGGUACUAUUACGACGACAGGGGUAGACUCAUCGCGUGGAAUGAUGAUCGUGACAACGUCACUCAGUUCUUUUACGCCAACCCAAAAACACCAGAUCUCAUUACGCAUCUACACUUCCCCAAGACUCAGAAAACCUUCAGGUUCCUGUACGACUCGAGAGACUUCCUCAUGGCCGUGGAAACAUCCGAGCAGAGGUUCUACGUUGCCACCGACCAGAAUGGCUCUCCAUUAGCGCUGUUCGAUACAAACGGAAACCUGUACAAGGAAAUGAGAAGAACGCCUUUCGGCAAAAUCAUCAAAGACACCAAUCCUGACUUUUACUUACCCAUCGAUUUCCACGGUGGAUUGUUCGAUCCCAACACCAAACUCAUCUACUUGAACAAGAGGCUGUACGAUCCGACCGUUGGUCAAUGGAUGACACCAGCUUGGGAGGAGAUGGCCAACGAGUUGACCACGCCUACGGACAUCUUCAUCUACAGGUUCCGCAAUAAUGACCCCAUCAAUCUCAAGCAAAAUGUCGAGUACAUGACCGAUCUGCCCUCAUGGCUGAAACUUUACGGCUACGACAUCAGCGCGAUGCUUGGCUCUGAGUACACCAAAGACAUGGUCUACCAACCAUCCGCAACUAUCACCUCGCCUCAGCUUACGCCUGACUUUGGUGUGAUGAGUGGCCUGCAAUGCAUCGUCAACCGGGUGCACGAAAAGUUUUCCGACCUCGGCUUUAUGCCUAAACCUCUCCUCAAGCUCGAGCCAAAAACGAGGAACUUGCUGCCGAGGGUAGCGCACAGAAGGGCAGUAUUCGGCGAAGGCAUCCUAGUCAGCAGAAUCGGUGGUCGGGCGCUCGUGAGCGUGGUAGACGGCGUGAACAGCGUGGUGCAGGACGUGAUAACGUCUGUGAUAAACAACUCGUACUUCCUACCGCUGCAUUUCAGCGUGCACGACCAGGACGUGUUCUAUUUCGUGAAAGACAACGUGCUCAAGAUCCGCGACGACAUGGAGGAGCUGAAGCGGCUCGGGAGCAUGUUCAACGUGUCCACCCACGAGACCACCGAACACGGCAGCAGUACUUGUAAAGAGCUCAGACUGCACAGUGCCGAUGCGGCUGUGGUGAUUAGGUACGGCGCGGAUCCCGACCAGGAGAGGCACCGGAUCCUCAAGCACGCCCACAAGCGGGCGGUCGAGCGGGCUUGGGAGAUCGAGAAACAGCUGGUAGCGACCGGCUUCCAGGGCAGGGGCGACUGGACCAAAGAAGAGAAGGACGAGCUGAUUAGUCGCGGCAUCGUCGAGGGCUACGAGGGUGUGGACAUUCACAGCGUGCACCGCUAUCCUCAGCUGGCCGACGAUCCCGGUAACGUGAUGUUCAAUAGGGACACGAAGCGCAAACGCCGCAAGAGCGGCAGCAACAGACGGGGAAGGGCCUUCAGGCACGACUCGUGA